GCUUUCUUCCAUCCUUCAGCCAUGGAAAAUGCAGAGAGCAGUGACAAAGGAGGAAGUGAUCAGUGCGAUGCUCAACGCCGCAGUCAGAGAGAUCGUCUAAAUAGAGAAGAAGCAUAUUACCAGUUUGUGAACAGUCUAAGUGAAGAAGAAUAUCGGCUAAUGAGAGAUAAUGAUUUGCUUGGCACUCCAGGUGAUAGCACUGAGGAGGAAUUACUGAGGCGACUACAGCAGAUUAAAGAGGGCCCUCCUCCGCCGAUCAGUGAUGAGAAUAGAUCAGGUGGUUCUGAGUCAUCGGAAGAUCCCUCGAGUGGAGAUUCCAUCAUUGACUGGUUGAAUUCUGUCAGACAGACCGGGAAUACCACAAGAAGUGGCCAACGAGGUAAUCAGUCUUGGAGAGCAAUUAGCAGAACAAACCCUAGCAGUGGUGACUUCAGGUUCAGUUUAGAAAUCAAUGUGAAUCGCAGCAGUGGGUCUCGAAAUGCAGAAAAUGACAGUGAGCAACUUAUGGAUAUCUCUAGUGGUGAGGACUUUGAAAACAACAGCCAAAGUGACUCUGAGUCUCAAAGAUCAGAAUCCCCUUCUGUAAGACGACGUAGCCAGUGGCCAGAAGCUCCUGAAAGGUCCACUUCUGAGGAAGUAACAAAUGAAGAAAUGACUACUCGCAGAGGUCAGAGGAGAGCAAGAAGCAGGAGCCCAGAACAACGAAGACUUCGACCACGAAAUGAUGUAAAUCCAUCACCUGUGAAUCCUUCAGAUGAAGUUUCUCCAGCACCUGAUGAGCUACCUGUUAAUACUGAGCUUCCUACAGUUGAAGUUGAAGGGAGUUCUAGAACUAGGCAACAUGUUCCUGUUAGGGCAAGUACAGUGGCAAAUGAAGUGCAGGACGAUAGUACAGCCACAUCUAAUGGCGGAGCAUUGGCUGCUCAGAAUGGCGGAUCAGUUCAGACUGAUGCUGUUGAAAUGAGUGGCAAUAGUGAAUCUACAGCUGCAGGACAGAGACCUCCAACUAUAGUACUUGACUUGCAAGUGAGAAGGGUUCGCCCAGGAGAACACAGACAGAGAGACAGUAUAGCUAGUAGAACCCGAUCACGAUCCCAGGCACCAAACAACACUGUCACUUAUGAAAGUGAGCGUGGGGGCUUUAGACGCACUUUCUCGCGUUCUGAGCGGGCAGGAGUGAGAACAUAUGUAAGCACUAUUCGCAUUCCCAUAAGGAGAAUUUUAAACACUGGACUGAGUGAAACAACAUCUGUAGCAAUUCAAACUAUGCUGAGGCAGAUAAUGACUGGCUUUGGAGAGUUGAGCUAUUUUAUGUAUAGUGAUGGUGAUUCAGAGUCUGCUGUUCGUAGCCAAAACGCAGCCACAGAAGGUGAAGUGCAGCAGAAUGGUGGUGAGAGCCCAGCCACUGAAGAUACUGAGGUUAACACAGCCGAGGAACAGGAGGGCAGUGGUGAUACAAAUUCUCCAUCUGGCGUAAGAAGGGAACGUCGGAACAGGGUUCCUGUGAGCUUAGAAGAAAGUGGAACUCUUCCUUUUCUUAGUUUAGCACAGUUUUUCCUUUUAAAUGAGGAUGAUGAUGAUCAACCUAGAGGACUUACCAAAGAGCAGAUUGACAACCUUUCUACCAGGAAUUUUGGAGUAAAUGAUGCUCUGAAAACUUGUAGUGUCUGCAUUACAGAAUAUGCAGAGGGAAACAAGCUUCGUAAGCUGCCUUGCUCACAUGAAUAUCAUGUCCACUGCAUUGAUCGUUGGCUAUCUGAAAACUCAACUUGCCCUAUUUGCCGUCGAGCAGUUUUGGUAUCUAGCAACCGGGAAAGUGUUGUCUAAGUGACAGACUUGGAAUAUUCAGCUGACAAACUGGUGCUUAAGUGGUGGGCAGCAGAAAAAUCCAGUUUUUCAUGUUAUAAUUUACGUUAUGAGCCCUAAGGCUUUUAGCAUACUUACAGAAGCAUUUUUUGUAAAAUAUUUGUAACAGAUUUGAAUAGAACCCAAUUAUGUAAGAUAUAGGAAUGUUUUCUCUUUACUGGAAUGUCUUUGCCCUUGACUCUGGUACAAAGGUUGACUGUCAUUUAAUCUCUUAUUGUUGUGAAAAAUUAGAAAUGCCUUUGCUUAUUAAAGUCUCCCAAAAAUCA